AUGGGGUUUCUCAAUCUCUCCAAGAACAAAACGAAUGAUAUCUCGCCCGUCGAGGCAGAUGCUGUCGAUUCCGAGAGAGGAACGGACCCCAAUACUAUACCCGAGAAGGACCACGAUGCAGAGAUUAUUUCUAGCAACGCGCAAGCUGGUGUCAAGGCUGUGCAGGCUGCAACCACUGUUUGGACGAGAAAUCAUCUAAUCGGUGCCUAUGUCAUCAUUUGGUGGAUCUACUUCGUUACCGCCCUCCAAGAGGUCGUCGUCGGAGCCAUGAACCCCUACGUAACCAGCGCUUUCAGUCUGCAUUCACUCACUGCCGCGACCGGUAUCAUGUCAUCGAUCAUUGGUGGUCUAACCAAGAUCCCUUUGGCCAAACUGUUGGAUAUGUGGGGCCGUCCCCAAGGCCUUCUGUUGUCGCUGUUCGUUUGGAUGGUUGGAUACAUUAUGAUGGCUGCAUGCAAGAAUGUGGAAACAUAUGCGGCUGCUCAAGUGUUUGCUUCUACUGGAUCCCAAGCCGUCUCAUACAUCCUGACCGUCUUCAUCGCGGAUACCUCCACACUCAAGAACCGUGCACUUAUGCUCUCAUUCGCCACAUCCCCUUAUAUAAUCACAACCUGGAUCGGUGGACCGGUCGCAGAAUCUGUACUCGCCGGACCAGGAUGGCGUUGGGCGUUCGGAAUCUUCACCAUCAUUAUCCCCGUUGUCGUUACACCUCUGGCCGCCCUGGUCCUCUACAAUGACCGCAAGGCUAGGAAGCAAGGACUUCUCGAGCCAAGAAAAAUCCAGUGGAACGUCCGAGCUAUCACCAAGUUUUGCGUCGACAUCGACCUCAUCGGUAUACUCAUUUUGGUUGUAGGCAUGGCCCUCUUCCUCCUCCCAUUCAGCUUAUGGUCCUACCAAGCCAAGAAAUGGGAAUCCCCCAUGAUCAUUGCCAUGAUAGUGGUUGGCUUCGUCCUUCUCCUCGUGUUCCCCAUCUGGGAAAGAUUCUUCGCGCCCGUAACCUUCAUCCCAUACCAACUGCUCCUCGACCGCACCGUCUUCUUUGCCGGCAUCAUGUUCAUCUUUGUAUACUUCAACAGCGCAGUGUGGGGCGCAUACUUCAACUCCAUGCUGCAAGUCGUCUGGAACCUAAAUGUCACCGAUGCAAGCUACGUCAGCAACAUAUACCGCGUCGUGUCCUGCUUUUUCUGUUUGGCUGUUGUUGGACCGGCCAUCAGGAUUACGGGAAGGUUCAAGUGGGUUGCAUUGUACUUUGCACUACCAAUGGAUAUCCUCGCGAUUGGCCUGAUGAUCCAUUUCAGACAACCGGGCGCGAGUAUCGGCUACAUCGUUAUGACGCAGAUUUUCGUCGCCGUGGCUGGAGGCACUAUCGUCAUCGCGGGUGAACUCGCAAUGAUGGCGCCCUCAGAUCAUCAGCACGUGGCCGUUAUACUCGCCGUCCUCAAUCUAUUCUGCUCGAUUGGCAGCGCGGCUGGUAGCACCGUGUCUGCUGCUAUCUGGACAGGGACUUUCUACGACAAUCUCGUGAAGCACGUUCCAGCCGGUGUGAACGCCAAGGAGAUCUAUUCUUCGCUCCCCACACAGUUGUCGUACAAGUGGGGAUCGCCGGAGAGGAUGGGCAUUGCGCAGGCUUAUGCGGACUCUCAGAGACUAAUGUUGAUCACCAGCAUCUGCAUGUUGGCGGCCGGUCUGAUUGCUUCAGCAUUCUGGCGCGACAUCAAUAUCAAGAACAUCAAGCAGGUCAAGGGUCGCGUGGUUUGA